AUGACCACACCAGAAAGAUGUCAGAAACAUCCCCAUGAAUCUUUACAGACACUGGAGUUGAAUGGACAUGAUUUAACAACAAACGAUCUUGUAAAGUGCAGCAAAGGAUUAUGCAAGAUAAAGCUUUCUGAACAGGCGAAGAAAAAUGUGGAGAAAUCAAGAGAUUUUCUGGAGCAGAUUAUAAAAAGCAACAAGGUUGUUUAUGCUGUGAACACGGGGUGUGGUAACUUUGCACGUGUGAGGAUUGACAAUGAUAAAUUAAAGCAACUUCAACAGAAUAUAAUCCUCUCUCACGCCGUAUGUGUUGGUCAAUCUCUUUCGAUCGAAAGAACACGAAGUCUGCUUGCAUUACGUAUCAAUGUUUUAGCCAAAGGAUUCAGUGGAAUUUCGCUUGACAAUUUGCAAAGAAUAUUUGCAAUCUUGAAUUCUGGAUGUGUUCCACUUGUUCCGGAGAAGGGUACAGUAGGAGCUAGUGGAGAUCUUGCUCCUCUUUCACAUCUUGCAUUGGGCUUGAUGGGAGAAGGCCAAAUGUGGGGACCAAAAACUGGUUGGACGGACGCUUUAACGGUUUUGUCAAUGCAUGGUUUAAGUCCGAUCAUCUUAGGUGCGAAAGAGGGUGCUGCAUGCAUAAAUGGUACUCAAUUUAUAACAGCUCUUGGCAGUGAAGCGUUGGAGCGCGCAUCUGCGAUUUGCAGACAGGCAGACGUGGUUGCAGCGUUAUCAUUGGAGGUUUUAAAGGGGACAACCAAGGCUUUUAUCAAAGAGAUUCACGAUGUUCGUCCACACAAAGGACAAAAAUUGGUGGCUGCAAGGUUACGUUCAUUGUUGCAUUCAGAUGUUUACAAAUCAGAAGUUGCAGGUUUGUCUUAUAAAAAUAAAGCACCAAAUGCCCACUUCCGCCACCCACCCAUACCAAAAGGGUCAACAUCGGAUAAAAUCAAACGUCAUAUGGAAUUAUUUGCUAGCUUGGGAAAAUUUUUCACGUUUUCUAUGUGGGCGGCAAAAAGACACCCAGAGAAUCAGCGGGAUAAUAUUUUUGUCACUAUAGAUAACUUCCGUCGCUUUCAUUCGACAUUUUUCUUUUCCCAUAGCUUAGACCCCUUGUGUGAUCGCAAAAGCGGACGUGUGGGGGUUUCUCUUCUCAGGAGCCACUUUAUCUUUUAUAAAAUAAACUCUAUUUUUACAAUGUCUGAUGGCAAUUUCCAUGGUGAAUAUCCAGCUAAAGCAUUAGAUUAUCUCGCCAUUGGAGUUCAUGAACUAUCAAAUAUGAGCGAAAGAAGAAUCGAACGUUUAAUUAAUCCUGCAUACAGUGAACUACCUGUUGUUGCUGUUUUUGUUAAUACUGCCAUCUGCUUGAAAUUUAUUUACUUUAUUUCUGGACCGAAUUUUGAAAUUCUGUUAAAGUUUCUCAUACCCCGUCUCCCCAGCCCGAAAAGGGUUGAUGCUGGUUCUUCAUUGCAGCUCCUAAUUUUCAGUAUCCGCGCAUGCGCGUUAUAUUGUUUACUGGAUUUUAUUUAUCGUUUUGAAAAAACACAGCAUCUUAUUAUUAAUGAGCGUCUGAAAAUUGGGAGCUGGAAUUUUAGGAUAAAAUUUUCACUUUUCUUUCUACUUUUCUUUCUUUCUUUAUGCAAACUCAGUACUGGCUAUAGAACUUUGGCAGCUUGCCAGGGAUUGAAAUUUUUUUGCCCUCUGAAAACAACAGACCCGUUAGAAGCUGUUCACCAAUUGGUGCGUUCGGUGGUAAAGCCAUAUAAUUAUGAUCGAUACAUGAAACCUGACAUCGAGGCAGCUGUCAAACUACUUCAAGAACAAAAAGUGUGGGAUACUGUGCAACCUUACAUGAAUCAUUACGAAAAGAUGUGUAAGAAACUAGCUCAUGAAUUAUGUGACUCCUCGGGACCACCAACUGGGUACAAUUGUCCACUUUUACCGUUCAGCAUCAAAUGAAGACGUAUAAUCGUCAGUAAAAAGAAGAGAAAGGCUGUUGAGGAGUAAUUUUUGGCCUUUUGUUGCAUUGAGUAUUAAGGAGACCUUGUUAUCUCCGAAACUUAUUUCGUUAAUUUUAAUUGGUAACUCCAAUUCGAUCAUAUUUUUUUUCAUUUCUAAUUUAUAAUCAACAGUCCACAUUAGUCAAAAUCUUUUCUUGUUAAAUUCGCAAAAAAAAAAAAAAUAAUAAAAAAAUUUGGAAACUGUGAAAUGUCUAAAAAAAGUGUAUUUUAAGUGCCGGUUGCAGUUAUAGUCACUGAUUGAGAAUUUUAUAUGAAUAAAAUUUUUUUUUAGCUAACUAACAUUUCUAUCCUCGUCCCCAAGGUCUGACUUGUUAGAGAGAACGGAAAAAUAUUCUGAGACCUGUAAUAUUAUUGCAGGGCUCUUCUACGCCUAUGAAAUUCUGACAGGAUUUUAAGAUAUAAUUGACGUGGAAAGCUUUGUGGACGAGGUUAGAUUGUGACCUUCUUUAGGCAUGUAAAGUGAUUUGUAAAUCUCUAUUCCCGCGGUCAAUUUCACAAAUGUUACAACUGUUGUGUUAUGAAACGUUGCGCAUCUAGCAAGAAGGUACCAGGGAAUGAGGGUGAUAUUUAGAGCCUGAAUUUUUGUAUUAAAUUUUCUGUAAAACGAAAUUUUACUUGUUUGUUCAUACAUUAUUUUUUUAUUAUUAUUAUGGAAAUUGUUUACUCAGGAUAGCCAUCAGUUCCUAUUGGUACCGCUAUCAACGAAAAUCUUGCGAAGGGGGUCCUAGUGCAUUUGAAACUCCUAUAUGAACUACGAGAGUCGUGCUAUCACAGCUGAACGCUAAGCAGAAAAGAUAAAUUCCGCUUUUAUAGUCUCUGGCAUGAAUCGGCCGGGGUUUGAACCCAAGACAUCCCUAACGAUGUUCCAUUAGUCUAGAUACCACAAAUUUGCGGCCUUCAAGCACUGUGCUGUCUCCGACACUCUCUUUCUUUUAAGUCAAUUUUUUAAAAUCCUUACUUAGCGACAGUGGAACUAAUAAAUUACCUAAAAUUACCUUUUAACAGCGGUAAUAAUUUCUCCACAACUUGCCAUAAAAAAAUUACAUGACUUUUCGUAAAAUUAAACUAGCAUCAUCAGAAAUUAAUUUCACAAACAGCUGUUUAACUGACCAAGAUAAAUUACAGCUGGAACCUUUUGUCACAGUAUUUUUUCUCUCUCUAUCCCCUUGAAAACGCUUGUAAAGAAAGACAACCUCCAUAAGGUUUUUUGAAAAGGAAAAGAGAAACCCUGGUGAUGUUUAAUCUCCGCAUUAAGAACGUUGUAUAAAUACAGAGAUUUUCUAUUAAAACCCCCACAAAAAACCGGUUUAUCGGAACCGAAGUAUUAAAAUCGGAAGUCAGAAAUAAAACAAACAACAAGCAAUUAAAUAGCUCACGCACAGAACUUUAUUGAUCUUCUCAUCAUGAAAUUGUCUCUAUAAUAAUAGCCGUCGUCUGUCUGUCUCUGCGCGGACCCCCCGCUGAGUUAGAAAAUCGUGCUACGGAAACACGAAUAUCAAAUGCGAUAUAUUCUUAUCCCCUUUGUUGCCACGGGUAAAUUUAAAGGACGGGCGACCCCGUGGAUUUUUCCACGGGCAACGACUAGUAUUUGUUAAUUUCUUUAAACAAGCGCGCGAAUAAUUAAAAUAUUACAACACGAAAUUGACAACGACGCUAAUAAUAAAAAUGUUUCACACCUACAUGUUUAUAAACCAACCUCGAUUCAAGGGUCUGUAGCGUUUUAUGAUAUAAGGAUGUCAUCCUCAUAUAAAAAAACGCUACAGGCUCUGAGAUCGAGGUUGGUUUUUAACAAAAUGUAUGCAUUAUGGAAACAAUACAAAUUAAUUACCCGUGACAUUCGAGUAAUAGAAAUUUUAAAUUUUGUGCAUAAAUAUACGAAAGACAAUAAAAAUUUGUUUAAUAAAUGUGACAUGCUAUGAAAUAGAAAAUAUAUGCAGAAGUAACGAUUGUGGUAAGAGUGUGGAAUUAAAGUUUGCGAAUUUGCCUCAUAUGCGCAAUUUUAAUUGCUCAAUUUUUAAAUCAAGAACGGACGUUUGCAAUCUUUCAUUUUACAUUUUAACGUUUUUUAGUUUUCUUUGCAGUUUUUCCAGUAAAUUUUACAAUUCUAGAGUACUAAAUAAUUUCUCUCAAACCCGUGAUUGAUUUUUUCUGAUACUGCUUUAUAAUUUAAAGAGCUAGUUAACAAUAACACGAAACCUUACAAAAAUAAUAAUAAAAGUCAUAAAAAUAUAUAUUUUUUAGCUUAUAGAAGAAAUUCCAAAACAUAUAAAAAUUCGCAAGAACUAACUUUCGCGAUUAAAACCUUUUCAUAAUUUUUACGCAGUGCUUUACUUUCGUUAUUUAUGCCAAAAACCGCGAAAUUCUUUUCACUUCUUCCCAGUAAUAAGUGAUCAAGAUUAAAUAACAACUCAAUAUGGUGAUAAUUGGUAUUCUCGCCUCGUUGGCUUGGCAAAGCACGUAUACAAUAAUACACCGCAUCGUUGGCUUGGUAAGGCACGUUUAAAAUUAAAGCAUGUAUACAAUACACCGAAUUCUCGCCUCGUUUCCUUGGCUACAAUACAACACAAAACAUAAACCGGCUAUUUCAGUGUGAUAAACACGCGUGAAAAACAUAAAUACAGCACAAUAUACAACAACUUCUGAUUAACGUCACAACUAUGAUGAACGGCAUGAU